CUUGUAAUAACAGAAAUGACGUUCCGUGAUCCCACGAGGAUGAGGAUGAUUCUGUUGUAUUUCCAGACCAAAAAAGAGGAGGAAGAGGCUCUCUGCGUCUACUGGAAAGUAGAGGCCGAGAGCGGCAGCUGGUCUCCGGACGGCUGCACCACCGUGCACACGAACAGCACUCACACCAACUGCAGCUGUGACCAUCUCUCCAGCUUCGCCGUCCUAAUGGCUCCCACCACAGUGGCGGUAUCUCACCGUGAGACUCGGGUCACAGGGCUGGACCCUGAGCUCCGCACUCAGGAGAGUUACCCACUGACCAUCAUCACCUACGUGGGACUGACCUUCUCCCUGCCGUGCCUCUUCCUCGCCAUCCUCACCUUCCUCCUGUGCCACUCCAUCCGCAACGUCAGCACCUCCCUCCACCUGCAGCUCUGCCUCUGCCUCUUCCUGGCCGACCUGCUCUUCCUCACCGCUGUGACCCGCACCGGCAGUCGGGUGGCGUGUGCUGUCAUUGCUGGGCUCCUACACUACCUCUUCCUGGCCUGCUUCUCCUGGAUGUUCCUGGAGGGGCUGCACCUCUUCCUCACCGUCAGGAACCUGAAGGUCGUGAAUUACACCAGCGCCAGCCGGUUCAAGAAGAGAUUCAUGUACCCGUUCGCCUACGGAUUCCCAGCCCUGGUGGUGGCUAUUUCUGCAGCGGUGAAUCCUGAAGGCUACGGAACUUCCACACUCUGCUGGCUCAGCCCGGAGAGAGGCUUUCGUUGGAGUUUCCUGGGUCCAGUCUGUGUCAUAAUCCUGAUAAAUAUAACGUUCUUUGCCCUGACCCUGUGGACCCUCAGAAACAGUCUCUCCUCCCUCAAUGCAGAUGUGUCCACCCUCAGAGACCACAGGUUACUGACCUUUAAAGCCAUCGCCCAGCUCUUCGUUCUGGGCUGCACAUGGAGCCUUGGUCUCCUCCAAGUCAGCCCAGCAGCCACGGUCAUGGCGUAUUUAUUCACCAUCAUCAACAGCCUGCAGGGAGCCUUCAUCUUCCUGGUGCACUGUCUCCUCAAUCGCCAGGUGAGAGAGGAGUACAGGAGAUGGAUCAAGGGAUUCCGAACGUCCAGCACGAAAUCUCAGACAUCUGAUCUAUCCAUGUCUGCUGUCCCCACCACCAGCACCAAGACGGAGUAACCCUUCUGCCAGGAGGAGUUGGCAGCAACCAGGGCCGGGUUCAAUACCUAGGGGGUUCCAAUACAAAACCGAACCGGCUGGAGCCCCCUGUGACGUUGCACUUCAUAUGCUUUAUGGAAAUAUGCUUAUGAAUAUGACAUAACUGGAAUAUACCUUACGCUAAAUACCCCUUGUAUGGUGUUUCUAGAAAGCUUGUAAUCUACUAAGUGUGUUCAUCCUAUUUGUUUGCAUCUGUUAUUUCUAUAUCUGGAGUUAGGAGACUAAGAUAUAAACCUGUAUCACUGAUGAAAAACAUAGUAAGUGGAGGCCAUUAAGGAUGCUCCAGAAACAAUCAGUUGUAAAUGACCUUAGUUACUUGAAAGCCUCCCUGUGUGCGUGUGGGCCAGCCCAUGGGGAAUGGAGACUGGGGGGCUUACAG